AUGAGCACCCAGAAACCGCUCACUGAGCUACCGUUUCCCCCGAUCACCAAACAACACAUCCUCAACUGCUCCUACCAUAACUGGCACCCCAAAUACCGCACGAUUACACCGAAAGCACGCCUUGUUCCACUUCCUUCCGCUUUCAUCGACUAUCUCAAGUCCGAUGGCAUAGUUCUGCCCCCAGAGGAGGCAGAUAACGCUACAUGGUCCGAUGACGACAGCGGCAUCUUCUCAGGCGCAGACAACAACGACGGCGGCGAGGAGGAAGAUGCAGAUCCUAGUACUCACUGGCGCGAUACACACGAGGCUAUUGAGACAACUAUAGAAGAACUGGGAGGCAAGGUCGCGCCCAAGCUGAACUGGAGUGCGCCAAAAGACGCGACAUGGAUUGCGGCUACAAACAGUAUGGAGUGCUCGACACCGAACGACAUCUACCUGUUGCUAAAAAGCAGCGACUUCGUCACACAUGACCUAGCACAUGCCUUCGACGAUACAGUCAACCAGUCGACAACGCCUGACCCAGAGAUAGCGUACCACCUCGUUCUACGAAAGUGGAUCAACCUCAACCCUAGCGUUGAGUUCAGGUGCUUCGUGCGAGAUAGGCAGCUCAUCGCACUGUGCCAGCGAGACCUGAACCACUUCGACUUUCUCUUCGGCAUGCAAGACAAGCUGCGACAGCGCAUACAAGACUUGUUCGACUCCAAAUUGCGAGACUCGUUUCCAGAUCCCAACUUUACCUUCGACGUAUACGUUCCGCCGCCACACGACAAAGUAUGGGUUGUAGACUUCAAUCCCUGGGCUAUGCGAACCGAUCCUCUCCUCUUCUCGUGGAUGGAGCUGCUCACCAUGGAGGUGCCUGAGGCUCAGAAUACGAAUGAGGAAGAGGAGGUGGUCCGUAUACCCAUCGCUCCGGCCGGAGGUCCUACAGUCAUUUCUUUAGAUGAUAUUGAAAGCGCAAGUGACUCGGAUAGUUCUGACGGAGACGACGUGGAGGAGAUUUGGCGGCCAGAGUUCAGGCUAGUACGAAAGGACGACCCUGAGGCAUAUGGAUUCACAACGCCACAAUACAGCGCACAUAAAAUGCCCAGGGAUGUUGUAGAUGCAGCCAGCGGAGGGGAAGGGAUGAUGCGCGAGUUUGCCAUGCAAUGGCAGGAUGCGCAGAGGUUGGCUGAGCAACAAAGACAGGAGGACAGCGAAGAAGACUAG